UCUAGCUAGCAGGUGACCAUGACUGCCUCAUUUCUUCCUUUUGUGCUUCAGAAUCUCAACUCCUUGAUCCAAAAGGAAAUGGGCUUGAUUUGUGGGAUUGAAAAGGAGAUGAAAAAGCUUUUAAGCACUCUCUCCACGAUCCAGGCUAUCCUCGAAGAUGCUGACCAAAAGCAACACCAAAACAAAGCAAUACAGGAUUGGUUGAGAAAGCUCAGUGAUGCAGCCUACGAGGUUGACGACAUCUUGGAUGAGUGCUCAACUGAAGCUCUCCGAUGGAGAUCUAAUGACCAGAAUUCUGUUUCUCUGAGGAAGGUAAGCACUUCUUUGUUCACUUGUUAUCCUGUUGAGAACAUCGUGUUCCGUCACAAGAUAGGGAAUAAGAUAAAAGAUGUCACGGAGAACUUAAAUGCAAUUGUCGAAGAGCGAUAGAAUUUUCAUUUAACUGAGGUGGUUGUAGA